CCCUCAGCACUGCUGCCCCCGACCCUCCAUCCCAGUAUUGUUACGGCGGCUCUGACUGGAGGGUGAGCGCUGCUGUGGAGGGGACCCUGGACUGAGAGCGCACAAUGAAGCGGAGGUGACGGUCACAUGUACGGUAUAUGUCAGGGGGCUCCCGUACCGCUCACACAUCCCGUACACACCUCAGAGGAACGCAGCGAUUGUUAUUUAUUCUGAGCCAAAACAUUUUUACUCUUCUGUCCGUGUCGCUGUAUGGGGGUUUGUUAUUAACAGGACCUGCAGGAGUUAAUGUCCGUCCUCUACAGGAGCCUGUUCACCUGUAUGUAUAUGGUGAAGGAGCUGUGCUGCCCUCCUGUGCUCACUCCUGGGUACUGCACCACCAGUCACUAUUGUCCUGCAGGUUACUAAAGAUCAACUGCAGCUCCUGCCCCGACCCAUAGAGAGGCGCUAUCACUGACCUUCUACGUGGAGUCCGGAGUGAUGAGCAGGGACCCCCACAACAGUGCUGGGAUCUGACACUUCAAUGACUGGGAGACUGUGCCAGGUCCUGGAUACCAGCGGGUGAGACUGGUACUGGGCGCAGGUAAUGGAGCCCGCUGUGAACUGUAGUCUGCUGCCCCAGUGUCACCUGGACACCACACUGGACCCACCGGAGGCGCUGGGAGUGUUACAGGAGCUGUGCCGGAUAUCUAAGGCUCCAGACGUGGUGCACAUCUCGGUGGCGGUGCAGGGGGUCCUGGGAUCUCUUCUCACCUGUGGUCUUCUCUUAUCCACCUUCUUCUUCAUCUUCACCAUUCGCUUCCGGAAAAACAGGAUAGUAAAGAUGUCCAGUCCCAACCUGAACCUGGUCAUCGCGCUGGGCAGCGUCUUCGCCUACAUCAGCGCCUUCAUGUUUGCAGCGCAAGGACCAGCGGUCUCCAUGGAAACUGUAAUUCAGGCCCGGCUCAGUCUCCUGUAUAUCGGGCUCAGUCUUGUGUUUGGGCCUCUGCUGGGAAAGAGCUGGAGACUUUACCGAGUGUUCACUCAUCGAGCGCCGCACAAACGAGUGAUUAUAAAGGACAUCACCCUGCUGGGGCUGGAGGCUGCGCUGCUCUUCCUGGAUGCUCUGCUGCUCCUCUCCUGGGUGUUUUCUGACCCUGUGACCUGUGUCCUGAAUGUGACCGCCGGCAUCAAGGCUGGAGAUGGCGCCACAUCCUGUGAAGUCACCAGGAUGCACUUCUGCUCCUCUAAGCACACCGAAUUCUGGGUCGCCCUUCUAAUGGGGAUCAAGGGCAUGUUCCUGAUUUACGGUAGUUACCUGGCCGGUCUGACCAAGAGUAUCAGCACUCCUCCGGUUAACCAGUCUCUGGUUAUCAUGGUGGGCAGCAGCCUGGUGAUCGUGGCCUCGGCGGUCUGCUUGGUAGUGUCACAUGUCUUCUAUACAUGGCCCAGCCUGGUUUACGGGGUGACGGCCGGGAGCAUCCUCCUGUGCACCACCACCAUCACCUGCCUCGUCUUCAUCCCACAGCUUUUGCAGUGGAAGCAUUUUGAAGACGAGCCAAGUCAGACCAACACUCAGAUGGCCAAGUAUUUCAACAGUCCGUGCAAGAGUAUGAGGUCUAUGUACAGCGAGGAGCAAAUUUACCACCUGCUGGGGGAGAACACCUCCAUGAGGCGGCUGCUGACCGAGAAGAACGCAGUGAUUGAAAGUCUCCAGGAGCAGGUGACCAACGCCAAGGAGAAGCUGGUGGAGCUGCUGAGAUCAGAAUGUAGCAUGGAGAUCACCCAAGUCUCCGCCAUUUCCAACUCCACGCUGACCAUCAACCAGCUGAGGGUCACUACCGACGAGAUUACUGCUGAGAGCAGGAGACCCUCCACCAACCAGAGACCUUCCACCGCUACUGUAGAGAGCAGGAGACCCUCCACCAUUUAUCCAGAGGGUAGACCACUCUCCACCGGGAAUCUAGACGGGGACACUAACCAAAGUAUGGUGGUCUACACUGCUGAGACAGAACAGGCUGAAGAUGUGACGUCCCCUGAUGAGGAAAGUGCUGAUGUCCACAAAGUUGUGCUUCCCUCCCCAGAAGAAGAACAAGAUCAUGACCCGGCUACCAUCUCCAGAAAUGUCAGCUUUGUAGACAACAGUGCCAAAUCUCCUAAGGAGUUCAUUGAGAGAUCAGUGGACGGGCCACAAGAGGCCUGGGAACAGCUGGCCAGAAAGGUGAACUAUGUCAGCACUGAAAAGCUUCAGGAGAUCCUCAGGGAGCUGAGCAUGGAGACUCUGUCAGGAUGUGGUCAGGGGUCCCCUCGGAGGCAGAGACGUUUCAGCCACAGCGUCCAGCGAGAGCCUGUACGGCACCCCUCCGAAGGGUUCACCAACGUCUGCAUCAGCUUGUCCCCUUACAUAGCACGGAGAAGACGAGGGUACGGCCGCAGGAGCAUGCUUCCGUCCUCACAGAACUCCAGAGCCCCAUUCCCUCCACCUCGUCUCAUCGGGGCCAGAGAUCGGUAUUAUGGGAAAGACGAGAGACUGAGAGACGAGACGGACGGAGCAAAUCAUACGUCUGUCCCGAUGAAGAGCCUGGACUUAUGUGGCCAAGAAAACACUGGCCUGUGGAUAACUAAAUUAUCAGAGGAACCCGAAUCUUUACAGGAAUCAUGUCCCAUCACCCCAUGGAGCCUCCAGGGAGCCGCGGCCCUCAGACCCCAGACCCUCUGCUCUGAGUCGGACUCCAGCAGCUCAGAGGAGAUGUUCUGUUACUGUCACAGACCUUACUGUGAGAUGUGCUCACCACAGACAUGUGACUCUAGUGACAGCUGUAAUACUGACACGGAGACCUCAGAACAGCUGCACGUGUGGCCGGGUCCUCACCGCACCAGGCGAUCCCUCAUAAACUUUAAAGACGACCUCACACCCACGUAUGUCUGAAGGUGACACAAGGGUCUCUGAUUCUCCCCAAAGACUGACAAGAGACAAAACCCGACUGAUAUAGAAAUGUACUGGGUGAUAUUAAUGUGAAUUGUGUUCUGUGCAGGAUCCAUAAAACUGAAGCGACAACGACCCAUUAUGUGAUCUGGUUGGUUUAUUACCAGCAGCAGAAGGGACCCCAAAAACAAAGGGAACACACGGGGUCUACAAUCUGUAAUGUACCAUGAUCUCACACAAUCUCACCAGUGAUGUCAUACAGGGGGCGGGGCUGUGAUCACAUGUCAUUAUAUUACUAUUAUAUUAUAUCAGUGAUGUCAUACAGGGGGCGGGGCUAUGAUCACAUGUCAUAUUACUAUUAUAUUAUAUCAGUGAUGUCAUACAGGGGGCGGGGCUGUGAUCACAUGUCAUUAUAUUACUAUUAUAUCAGUGAUGUCAUACAGGGGGCAGGGCUGUGAUCACAUGUCAUUAUAUUACUAUUAUAUCAGUGAUGUCAUACAGGGGGCGGGGCUAUUAUCACAUGUCAUUAUAUGACUAUUAUUUUAUAUCAGUGAUGUCAUACAGGGGGCGGGGCUGUGAUAACAUG